AUGUCCGACCCGUAUGUGCCUGUGGUUCCACCAACUGGUGAAACAUUGAAUGGAACCUAUGGAGCCAUGCUGAUUGGUGUCUUGGUUGCUGCUAUUCUCUUCGGUGCAACCAACGUGCAAGUGUACAUGUAUGCAAUACACAAUCCCCAUGAUUCAAUCUGGAAUAAGCUCGUCGUCGGUGCUUUAUGGAUACUGGAUGCAGUCCAUACGGCGCUCUGCUUUCAUCUGGUGUACUGGUACCUUAUCACAAAUUACUACCGACCCCCCGAACUUCUUGAUAUAGUUUGGAGUUUCAAGGCCCAAAUCAUCGUUGUCGCCAUCUUGAUCAUAUUUGUCCACACGUUAGUUGACAUGGCUCCAUUUGCUUCCUGA